ACGAGGCAGUGACCUUGGUUUAUGAUAGCAAACACAAACAGUAUGAGCGACAACAAGUCCUCGGAAGAGAAGGCUCGCGAAAGCUUUUCAUCGAUACUCAGUUACUAUCUUCACAAUCGCGAAUCACUAGAGCGUAUUCCGUCAUGGGUUACGGAGUCGUCCGAGUCCGGCUCCAUACCCAUAGCUCUGUCUCCAUCCCUCAUGCCCACCUCUGAUGAACAGGUUGAGGCCGAAAAGCAGAAACUAAAGGAACGCGUAUCCGAUGCUCUACCGAAACUGAGUGAAAGGGAGAGGCAGUUGAUGACCCAGGCAGUAAUAGUAGCAAGGUCAAGCGGAGGGAGAACAGGCAGUAGUGAUAUUUGAUAUGAUACUUGAAGGCCCACUAAAUUAGUUAAUUGUACAGAAACGGUAUACUAAAGAACAUUCUUACCGCGGCAGAGUUCUUCGGCGCCAGACAGAUCUAACUAAAUUAACCAGUUAGUUAAUCAAAUUAAGUUAGUUAACUAAGUGGGUUGUCACAUACUUACUUAGGAUCUCCACUGGGUAAAAUUUGCGUCCACUAAUCAACUGGCUCUUGAGGCUCUUAUAACACCGCUU